UACACACAGAGGCACAAAUAGUUGCUUUGUAGUAAAUUACUCCAGCGAUUACUGACUGCAUUUAAUUUGCAUUUAACAAACAUUCUCCAUUGUUCAACACCAACAAGUUGUAUGCAGUUGCAGUAUAAACAUCCUGUGCCCUGACUGGAAUGCUCAGAAGAACCGUACAGAUACUGACUGGAAACUGUGUAAAGAGCAAAGCAUUUUCAAACCAGUUUUACCUAAACAAGAGGAGAAUGUCACGUCAGCUGCACGCUCGCCGUAUUGAAGGAGUGGAAAAAAAUAUUUGGUUGGAGUUUACCCAGCUAGCUGCUGAUUGCAAGGCUGUAAACCUCGGCCAGGGGUUCCCAGAUUUCUCCCCUCCAGACUUUGUGAAGAAAGCCUUCGUACAAGCGACUGGGGUAGAAGAUUUCAUUGUGCACCAGUACACCCGGGCUUUUGGCCACCCUGCUCUGGUGAAGAUUCUGUCUCGAUUCUUUGGAAGGAUCAUGGGGAGGCAGAUUGACCCUCUAGGAAAUAUAUUGGUCACAGUGGGGGCCUAUCAGGCUCUGUUCUGCACGUUUCAGGCACUGGUGGAUGAAGGAGACGAGGUGAUACUUAUAGAGCCAUUUUUCGAUUGUUAUGAACCAAUGGUGAAAAUGGCUGGGGGCCGUGCUGUGUACGUGCCACUGAGACCGAAAGCAACGCAGGGGGCUGCACUGUCCAGCAGUGACUGGGUCUUGGAUCCUGAAGAGCUGGCUAGCAAAUUCACCAAACACACAAAAGCCAUUGUUCUGAAUACACCAAACAACCCACUGGGAAAGGUGUAUAAGCGAGAGGAGCUGCAGGUGAUUGCAGACCUGUGUGUGAAACACGGAGCUCUCUGCAUCAGUGACGAGGUGUACGAGUGGCUUGUUUACGAUGGUGCAGAGCACGUUAAAAUAGCCACCCUGCCUGGGAUGUGGGAGCACACGAUCACAAUCGGAAGCGCAGGGAAGACCUUCAGUGCCACAGGAUGGAAGGUUGGUUGGGCAAUGGGCCCUGAUCAUCUUCUGAAGCAUGCAAAAACAGUCCACCAGAAUUGUGUGUAUCAUUGUGCAACAGCAGCCCAGGAGGCUGUGGCCCACGGUUUCCAGAGAGAGUUGGAUUGUUUUGGGAAGCCAGAGAGUUACUUCCUACAGUUCCCACGGCAGCUCCAGCAGAAACGCAGCCGCCUGGCACAGAGCCUGCUCGCUGUGGGGAUGCAGCCCAUCAUGCCCGAGGGCGGGUACUUCCUGAUCGCAGAUAUCUCCACACUCAAGGCAGACCUGCAAGACUCUAGCGAUGCCAAUCAGGAACCCUAUGAUUACAGAUUUGUAAAGUGGAGAAUAAGGGUCUGGCUACAAUCCCAGUGUCUGCCUUUUACAGUGCCGAGCACAAGAAGGACUUUGAAAACUACGUCCGUUUCUGUUUUGUUAAGGAGGACUCCACACUAUGGCCAAGAGAAGGUUGAUUGGAAAAAAUGGAAAGCAGAAAGAAAAGAGGAAACAAAAAAACUAAAAGAAGCAACAUUUCUAAAGACUCUGGAGAAGCAGAAGAAGAAGCAGAGAGAAGAGGAAGAGGAGGAAAAAAGAAAACAGUUACAAGAGGAGGAGAUAAAGAGGAGAGGCCGUCCGUACACAGUCAGCGUAGCAUUGCCAGGGUCAGUGCUGGACAAUGCCCAGUCCCCUGAGCUGCGGACAUACCUCGCUGGACAGAUAGCCCGUGCAUGUGCUGUCUUCUGCGUGGAUGAAGUUGUGGUGUUUGAUGAGCAAGGGGAUGAUACCAAGAGUGUGGUAGGAGAGUUCAAAGGGAUUGGGAAGAAAGGAGAAGCCUGUGUCCAGCUUGCUCGCAUUCUCCAGUACCUGGAGUGCCCACAAUAUCUGCGGAAGUCCUUUUUUCCAAAGCAUCAAGAUCUACAGUUUGCUGGUUUAUUAAACCCCCUGGACAGCCCUCAUCACAUGCGGAUGGAUGAGGAGUCGGAGUUCCGGGAAGGCGUGGUGUUAGACAGGCCCUGUAAACCAGGGAAAGGGUCCUUUGUUAACUGUGGAAUGAGGAAGGAGGUGCAGAUAGACAGGCAGCUUCAGGCUGGUCUUCGAGUCACAGUGCGACUAGACAAGAGCCAGAAUCCAGAAAGCAGAGUCCAGAAGGGCAGGGUAGUGGCGCCUCAUGUUCCGAGGACAGAGUCUGGUCACUACUGGGGCUACAGCGUCCGCUUGGCCUCUUGCCUCAGUAAAGUGUUCACCGAAUGCUCUUUCAAGGAAGGUUACGACUUGACAAUUGGCACAUCUGAAAGAGGCAGUCGCGUGGACAGUGUAACCCUGUCUCCUUUCAAGCAUGCCCUGAUUGUGUUUGGGGGUCUGCAGGGUUUAGAGGCCAGUGUGGACACUGACCAGAACCUGGAUGUGACUGACCCCAGCAUCCUGUUUGACCAUUACCUGAACACCUGCCCAAACCAGGGCAGCAGGACAAUACGCACAGAGGAAGCCAUUCUCAUCACUCUGUCUGCAUUGAGACUGAAAAUUGAAACAGCCGUUUGAAAAAAUCUGCUUCUGCAAGAUAACCUUUUCUUUUGUGAAUACUCAUAUUUUUGUAAGGCAGUUAAACCAACUUUGUGAAACUAACUUUUUGUAGAAAUCUUAACUUGCAGCUGAAAAGCUAAAAUGAUAGAUCACAGACUUUUUUCCAUAUAACUUCGAGUUCCGGAACAGUGAAGUCAGACGUGUUGGAAUAUGAUUAUUAUUGUCAAAAAAAAAAAAAAAAAGACACUUUCAGUUGGGUGUGUGUUCUGUAGCAUCAUUGAAGCUCAGUUCCUCAGAUACCUCAUCAUGAAGUCUGCAGAGUCCCCGUUUCUCUGGGUCUGUUUGAAAGGGUAGUCUAUUUGUCUAACAUGCCUUCUCUACCUAUAAGAUGUGUUGUGUAUGAACUACUGUGAUGAAUAUAUGGCCUUGGAGUGCUGUUCAAAAUGUGUUCCACUGUGAUUGACAUUAGUCUGCCUGUCCCAGAUUUGAUACUUUACAGCUUGAUACACAUUCUCAUUGGCUCAGACACCUUGUAAAAAAAAAUUAAAAAGUUAAACAUGAGUUUCACCACAAUAUUCAUUUAUAACAUGUUUGAAUCAAGUCUGAGAAAUUACAGGAAUAAAAAUAAUUACAUAUGUUUAAAGAAUUUUUAUACAGUAGGGUCAGACUCCAAUACAUGGUACCGACAGACACUGACAUUUAUUCAAGUUUAUCUUUAUCAUGAAACCUUAUUUUAUUAAUAUUUUAAAAUGUUUGGUAUCUUAUACACAUCUUUCACUUGAUGUAUAUUUAAGAAUCUUGACAAAAACAGUACACAUCUGUUAUUUUCCUGAAAAUUAAUUUAAACCUUUAAAA